GAUUUUGAUGUUACGAAAGACGGAUGAAUUAGUUUCAAGGCUGCAAUACUGCAAAUGUUUAUCGUUUCCAGCUGCAUGCAGCCUACAAUGAACUGCUCCUUUUCUUAUGGUUUAUACAGUCAGUGUUUGCACAACUGUAGGGAAAAAAGCAACGACGAUUCGCCUCAUGGAUUUGCAUUCGAUAUUUGAAAAACAUUAAUGGAAAGUGAAGCAAUUUGACACGCGACUUCCGGCUGUUGCUCAUCCACAGAAUAUUGUGCUGCCUAUCUCCCAGGGAGAUCAAGUUCACCAAUAUUUGGGGAUAGAUUUCUGAUUUCCCAGCAACGAAAGAAUAUUCGUGCUCAGAUUGCCAAACUGCACUUGGGAAAGGCAUGAGCGGGCUUGCAACUUAACGUAAGCGCCCUGCACUGGCCAAAACAGCCCAGCCCCAACAGCCCGCCCAGCCCUGCCCAGCCCGCCCAGCCCGUCCAGCCCUGCCCAGCCAAACCCAUCAGAAAGUGGCCAACGUCAUCAAUAGUCGUAUCGUGCAGUGUUUGGCAGCCGUCAAUGCUCACUUCCGUACUCAGCUGAAAAGACAUCAUGGAGCGGGUACCUUGCUGUUGGUACUGGAGCAAGAAGGACGUUAGUGAUUGGCUGAGCCUCACCGGAUAUGGCGGGUACCGUGAAGUGUUCCAUCACCUGGACAUAGACGGACGAGCGCUGGCUCAGCUAGACACCCACGACCUGCGACGUAUGGGGGUCCGGAACUUUGACCACUGUCGAGAAAUGGCGGAGAACGCUCGCUGGCUCACCGGCAGAUGGCCGGAAAUACAUAUGGCAGAGUAUGAGGCGUUUCCCUUCCGCUACGACCCCGUCCAAUCAGGUGACACCCAGACUUCGUGCUCCUCUGGUACCCACAGGACGGAUGUCUACCGGCAUAUCUACAGCACCACUGGGGGUCAACACUUCUAUUUCGACCACAACGAACCUCUGACUUCAAUCAGAUGAAAAUUAUCACGUGAUUACGCACAGCGACGUACGGGAAAAAGGAGUCUAAAAAUAAAGCUCUGGUUUCAACAUGAAAAAAACGUACAUUCCUCAAGAAGUGGGGUACUCUUUUCCCUGUCUUCUGUGAAGCAGGUGGAGUGAAGUAAAAAGAAAACAUCCCCCCCCCCCCAAAAAAAA